AUGUUCAGACAACACGUUAAAUCGCUUGCUCUUCGCCUCCCUCUCUCUGUGUCUCUCUAUCUAUCUAUCUAUCUAUCUAUCUAUCUAUCUAUCUAUCUCUGUCUGUCUGUCUGUCUGUCUCUCUCUCUCUCUCUCUCUCUCUCUCUCUUACUCUCUUACUUAUCACCCUAUUCUCCUCUACUCUCUACAUUGAUUGCUUUGGAAUAUUAUAACUUCUUUCCUUUUUUUCUUUCUCCUUUAUCUAUCUAUCUAUCUAUCUAUCUAUCUAUCUUUAUGACUUUCUCUUUCUCUCUUCCUAUCUUUUUUUUAUGCUCAUAUUUAUCUCCCUUGUUUUAUUAUUUAUUCCGCAUUCCAUCCACAUAUAUGUUCUUUCUUUUCUAUCUAUCUAUCUAUCUAUCUAUCUAUCUAUCUAUCUAUCUAUCUAUCUAUCUGAAAUCGAAAUCGCCAGAAGAUACCGAAGACCAUUUUUCCUCGCGGGACCGUAUUUGUCUUGUUUUGAUUAUAUUAAUCGUGGUCCAUACUUGUACAGAGAGCUACAUCGCUACCGUCAAGUAA